AUGUUCUCGUUCUUGGUCGCGGGGGAACUAGGGGUCAUCCUCCAUCUCACCCGCCGCCUCCUCCGACGCCGCAUGUCCAUCGGCUCCUAUCUCGAACACAUGAUGAGACCUUUCCUUCGUCUGGCUCACUCCUUUGUCCACUUCCUCUACAGCGUCUUCACCCUGUUGCAAAUCAUCGAUAUGAACAAGCGCCACCCUCCAGAGUCUGCCAGCCGCAUCUCGUGUGUCAAUGUUUACUCCCAUACUGUCAGCCUGCCGCGCUGGCUAGAGAGUGGCAACUAUAAUCGUACUACCCUGUACACGGAGAACGUGGUGACCAUUGUGGGUGUGAGGUGCGAGUAUGAGAUGCGUGCUGUGACACCCAGGAACUAUGCAUGGAUGGGGGUAGUGACACUUGGGAGGGGGGGGAGGGCGCGUCGACAUAGGCAGGGGCACCGCGCAAGGAGACGAGGCGGGGGCAGACGAGGCGGAAGGUAG